AGCCUUAGCUAGCGCAUAUAGAUGGAGUUUAAUCCCAAAUAAAGAACUAAUUAUAAACAGCAUUAUGUUAUAUUUUGAGAGAGCAAUAUAGGCUUUUUCUGUUUUGUGUAACGUUAACUUGUUGUUGAAGGGAGCUAGCUUGCUUUCUGUUUGCGAACUAAACAGCGCAAACUCUAACGUUAUCAGUGGUGGAUGCAGGCAGCUGGCUAUUUAGCUAGCUGUAGCUAUUGUGUGAUACAUCGCUAGCUAAGUUGUUUUUUUUACUCUUUGUUAUUAUCUUGGAGUUGUUUUCUUUUUUGCGUUUGUUUCUUUUCCCGCAGUCUCAGUGAGAAACCAGCAUGACAGCGCAUUAGUUAGCUAGCCAGUGGUGCGUUCAGUAAUACUAGAUAGGCAGCUUGCCAGUGUGGUGUCUGUGAUGUGUUCUGAAGCCAGGUAGCGGGCUAGCUUACUUGUCAGCUAACUUAGCUCUCUAAUAAAUCAUUUAGCGAUGCUAUGGAUACAACGUCUACGUGGAGCGCGCUAGCUUAAUUCCGAGACGUUUGGAGAACGCGUAACUUACAUCCUGUUUUCUAAAUCAAUCGUCGCUUUCAUCACCACAGUAACGUUCGCUAUUCAGAUUUUCUGGCUAGCUAGUUAGGUCUUGACCGUGUGACAGUUUUGGACCGUCCGCAGUGAGGAGGGAGGCGGCUUCCCGGGCCUGUGUGUUUGAUAAGGUCUGGUUUGCAGUAGCACUGUCAGUAUUCAGUCGAGGCGGACACGCAUUCAGUCGGCGCCACAACAAACGCGUCCGGACUAGUGUGUCGAUGGAUAAAACAACGUGUUGGGCAAAAAAGGACUUCGACUGAUCGUUGUAGCUUUUAAUCGUUUACAGUGGCUACACCUAAGAGGAAACUGCACACAUGGAAACUCGGAACUGUCAUUUUUUGUCUGUUGUUAGGAAAACAAAGGACCUUCACGUUCUAAUCUCGGUCUAGCCCGGACGAGCUAGCCCGGACGAGCAAACCGCAGUGGAUUUUGCUGUAUAUUGUUCCUUGGUGACCAUGAACUACGGUAUCGUUUAUGGCGAAAACUAAACGCAGAAGAAUAAUCCAGGUCAGCACAACCGAAACGUUAGUUAGCCGGACGCGACUAGACAACAUCCCCCCGUCUCACUUUUGGCACUCCGCAGCAGAAGCUAGCUAACCAGAGCGAAAGGACCAGCAUUGGUUGGCUUGCCUGUUACACGGCUAUUGUUUUACUGUAACAUCAACCUUACGAAGUAUUCAAACUUGAAGUGGCCUUUUCCAGUCUUGGUUUUAACUUACUAAAAAUACACCCGUCAAACACUCUGUCGCUAUGGAAUGUAUCGCCUGCUAGCCAGCUUGAUACUCGCUAGCAACGUGUGUGCACGGUUCUGCGGUCAUCUUAUUCCAGCUAACGUUAGCUAACUAGUUCAUCUUUUUGCACAUUUUGGAAGACCAGUUGUGGCCAUAUAGAGUGCAUUUAUUUUUACUUGGAAAUACCGCUGCAUUCCAGUUGCCUACAGAAUAAUCAGAAGUGAAGAAAAUGGCUGUGACGACACGAGAGUGAUUGUGGACCUCGGUGCUGAUUGCGCCCCCCUGUCGCCCACAGCGCUGGACAAAAGACCAAGCUCCCGCUCUUACGGCUGUCUCUUAUGCUCAAUGACUGCGCCGCGGCUACUGCAGGAUGGAUGGUGUGGAUUUGACGGUCCUUGUGUGUCAGCAUCAGCGCCUGCUAUUCUGUGACUCUGUCUUGUUCUUUUCCAUUUAUAAAAGAACACCCCCUCUUCUGGGCCCGGACCCUGCGCGCUGUAAAAGCAUUGACCAUCAGUGACGCAAAGGAGGGGGUUCCCCACAAACCUCUUCAGUUUUUUUUUUUUUUUUUUUUUUUUUUUUUUUUUUUUUAAUUUUAGAGUAUUUUUUUUUUUGUUUUUUUUGUUUUUGUUUUUGCGGCCCAGGAGUUUUUGAAGAGGUGUUCAGCGAGGCUCAAGGAACAGCAAAAUUUGAGAGAGGAGAUUUUUUUUUUUUGGCUCUAGUAAAUUACGCUCUUCCUUGCGUUCAUCCACGUCACGUCGUAACCCCAAACUAAAAAAAAAAAAUAAAGAUGUCGGAAAACCCCGACAAGGGCGUGACCUUCCUGGCCCCCCCUCCCCCGAAGAACGGCAACAGCUCCAGCUCGGACUCGGUGAUGGUGGAGAAGCUGGGCACGGAGGUGCGGCGGCGCCGGCACACCAUGGACCGCGACCUGAAGACGGCCGAGCACCGCUUCUUCCGCCGCAGCGUCAUCUGCGACUCCAACGCCACCGCCCUCGACCUGCCCAGCAAGGCCUGCAUCCUCACGUCCCCGCCCGACUGCGAGCCCACCAUCGUCAUCAUCGCCGGGCCCGGCUCCGCGCCCUGCCUGGCUGCCGAGCCCGGCGCCGCCGUCUCCCGGGCGGUGCCGGAAGAGUCCGAGGCGCGGCGGGAGGCCGGGGCGGGCGGGGCGGAGGAGGGGGAGCCCCGGCCGGCGGGGCCGGACGCGUGCGACGGGGCCAAGGAGCAGUCCCCCUCCGCGCCACCGGGGGCGCCGGAGAAGGCGCGCGGCGAGCCGGGGCGGGGGCCGGAGGGCGACGGCGGCAGCGGGGCGGCGGAGAAGCGGGAGGAGGAGGAGAAGGACGCGGCCAAGGCGCGGGCCGAGGCCGAGCAGCGCGAAGCGGAGAAGAAGGUCAUCGACGACAUCGAGGAGGUGGAGACCAAGGCCGUGGGCACCUCGCCCGACGGCCGCUUUUUAAAGUUCGACAUCGAGAUCGGCCGCGGCUCCUUCAAGACCGUGUACAAGGGCCUGGACACCGAGACGACGGUGGAGGUGGCCUGGUGCGAGCUGCAGGACCGCAAGCUGUCCAAGACGGAGCGGCAGCGCUUCAAAGAGGAGGCGGGCAUGCUGAAGGGCCUGCAGCACCCCAACAUCGUGCGCUUCUACGACUCCUGGGAGUCCCCCUCCAAGGGCAAGAAGUGCAUCGUGCUGGUGACCGAGCUCAUGACCUCCGGGACGCUCAAAACGUACCUGAAGCGCUUCAAGGUGAUGAAGAUCAAGGUCCUGCGCAGCUGGUGCCGGCAGAUCCUGAAGGGCCUGCACUUCCUGCACACGCGCGCCCCGCCCAUCAUCCACCGCGACCUCAAGUGCGACAACAUCUUCAUCACCGGCCCCACCGGCUCCGUGAAGAUCGGCGACCUGGGCCUGGCCACGCUGAAGAGGGCCUCCUUCGCCAAGAGUGUCAUAGGUACCCCCGAGUUCAUGGCGCCUGAGAUGUAUGAGGAGAAAUACGACGAAUCUGUGGAUGUUUAUGCCUUUGGGAUGUGUAUGCUGGAGAUGGCGACCUCAGAGUACCCGUACUCCGAGUGUCAGAACGCCGCACAGAUCUACCGCAGAGUCACAAGCGGAGUGAAGCCCGGCAGCUUUGACAAGGUGGCCAUACCGGAGGUGAAGGAGAUCAUCGAGGGAUGCAUUCGCCAGAACAAAGAUGAAAGAUACGCCAUAAAGGACCUGCUGAACCAUGCCUUCUUCCAGGAGGAGACAGGUGUGCGUGUGGAGCUGGCUGAGGAGGACGAUGGGGAGGUGAUCGCCAUCAAGCUCUGGCUGAGAAUUGAGGACGUCAAGAAGCUCAAGGGCAAGUACAAGGACAACGAGGCCAUCGAGUUCUCCUUCGACCUCAACAAGGACGUCCCCGAAGAUGUGGCCCAGGAAAUGGUGGAGUCUGGCUACGUGUGCGAGGGCGACCACAAGACCAUGGCCAAGGCCAUCAAGGACCGCGUGUCGCUGAUCCGCCGCAAGCGGGAGCAGCGGCAGCUGGUGCGCGAGGAGCAGGAGAAGAGGAAGCAGGAGGAGGAGCUGCGGAAGGCCUCCCAGGCGGCCCCCGCCGGGACCCCCGGGGUCCCGCCGAGCCAGGGCGUCCCCCCCCAGCCCGUCCCCGCGGCCGCCCCCGCCCCCGCCCCCGCCGCGGGGCAGGCGGAGUCGGAGGAGCCCGAGGUGGACCAGCACCAGCAGCAGCAGCUGCACUACCAGCAGGCCGGCGUCUCCAUGACAUCGGACGGGACGGUGGACAGUGGCCAGGGGUCGUCUGUGUUCUCGGAGCAGCAGCCGGGCCAGCCCGCCAUGUCGUUCACGUCCCCGGUAUCCCAGCAGCCCCAGCUCCAGGGCCUGCCCUCCAGCCAGGCCUCCUACCCGCCCCCCGCCUACCCGCAGCAGCCCAUGCAGGUGUCGGGAGCCCCGGCCCCUGCCCCAGCAGUCCUGGCCCCCAGCUCCCAGCAGGGUCCCGUCGCACCCCUGCAAUACGGAGGUUACUACGUCCCAGCGCUCCCUCCGCAGGCGGUUCCCCAGCAGGCCCCCGUGUCCCUGCCCUCCCAGCCCAUGGUGCCUCUGCCUCUCCAGCAGGGCGGCGCCACGCAGAGCCCCCAGCCCCACCUGCAGCCCAGCCCACUGCCUGCACAGAAGCCUCCUCCAGUGCCCCCUUCGAUGCCCCCCCUCCCCUCCCUGGCCCCGCCCGCCCCCGCGUGUCACCCCCAGCCCUGCGGUCUGGCUCCGCCUCCUCCCUCAACGGGGCGUGUCUCCAUCGCACAGGCAGGCUUCCCUCCGCCCUCCCUCCCGGUAACCAUGGCGCCCGGCCAGCCGCCCCCGCAGCAGGCCCCGCCCACGGCGGUGGUGUCACCGGUUGCCGUGGCGCCUAACUCCGCCCAGCUGCCUCCUCACACGAUGCCUCAGCAGCCGGCCCCCGUCGCCGUGCCGACUGCCGGGACCGUCCCGGCAGAGCCCAACUUUCAGACAGGAGACGCACUUCACAAGACCUCUCAGAGUUUGCCUCAGCCUCUGUCGACGGAACAGACCCAAGGACAAGCCGGACAAGCGGUGCAAGUGCCCUCUUCUAUGGAGAGCGGUCACUCGGACGUGGCGUCCGGCUUGAGUGACGGGAACGAGGGGGCGUCGGCCACGGGCGGCCGGCACGAGGGGCGCUCCGCCAAACGGCACCAGCGCCGGUCCGUGCGCAGCCGGUCCCGCCACGAGAAGACCGGCAAGGCCAAGCUCAACGUCCUCAAUAUUUCUAACAUCGGCGACAGAGUUGCUGAAUGCCAGCUGGAAACACACAACAGGAAAAUGGUCACUUUCAAGUUUGAUCUGGACGGAGACAACCCAGAAGAAAUUGCACAGAUCAUGGUGCAGAGCGAGUUCAUCUUGGAGAGCGAGCGCGAGUCGUUCAUCGAGCAGGUGCGCGAGGUCAUCGACAUGGCCGACGACAGCGGCCUGGAGCGGGAGGGCAUGAAGGAGGGCUACAGCCAGAUGACGCAGGAAGUGCCCGUGAUUGCCGUUCCUCUCCAGUCUGGUGACUCGCAGAGCUCCACCAUGCAGGUGGUGCACUCGGCCGGGCGCAGGUUCAUAGUCAGCCCGGUGCCGGAGUCCCGGCUCAGAGAUCAGUUUUUCCCGCCCCCGGCCGUGCCCCCUCCGGUGCAGGAGGUCCCCCCAGCGGCAGCCCCUGCGGCGGCUCCGGGGCAGGGCCUGUCCCUGUCCGCCUCGGCGGUCAGCCUGCAGCAGGCCUUCAGCGACAUGCGGCGGACGCACCAAGACCCCGGGCCCAGCACGGCCCCCGCCUCCGUCUACCUCCCCAACAUGGUCAACGUGAGCGGGCUGGUGGUGGACACCUGCGUGACCCCCAGCGCCCUGGCCCUCACCCCCAUCACCUCCCCGCCCUUUCCCCCCGCCGCCCAGCCCGCGGAGCUACCCGCUCCCGCCCUCGCCCCCGGCCCCGUCAGCCCGCCCACCACCUCCUCCCCUCCCCCCGCUGUUCAGCAGGCCCCUGUGGCCCCUGUGGCCCCUGUGGCCCCUGUGGCCCCUGUGGCCCUUGUAGCCCCGGCGCCCCUCCCCUCCCUCGCCCAGCCCGCCCCGCCUGCUCUGCCCCCUGUCGUCCCCACGCCCGCUACCGCUGUGGCCCCCUCCCCCGCCUCCGUAUCGCCUCCCGCGGCUCCUCAGCCCCAGAGCUCCUCCCCCGCCUCCCUCCCCCUCGCCGCUCCCUCUGGCCUGCCGCCCGCCGCCUCUGAAGCCCAGCCGGCCGGCGGUGCCGUAGCGGGGGUCUCCGAGCUCCCGCCCCUGGCCGUGAUCGUCCCGGUUUCCCCCGCUCUCACCGCGGUCACCCAGGCCCCGCCUCAGACCACCGCGCCCGUACCGAACUGCGCCGUCCCCUCCCCCGCGGUCGCCGGCGCCCCCGCCCCCCUCCUCACCCCCUCAGGCGCUGCCCCCCUGCUGCCCGUCGCCGCCAACGUCCCGCUGGUCCAGCCCACCCUGGUCCACGGGCAGCCCCAGCCGGCCACCGUGCCCAACCAGACCCACGCGCACUGCGGGGAGUGCGAGGGCGACCCCCUGGCCAAGGCCCCCUGCAUGGACGACAUCCAGGCCCUGGACAAGAAGCUGCGCUCCCUCUUCAGUGACCUGGGCUCCGGCCUCUCCUCCCCCCAGCCCGACGCUUCGGGUGACCCCGCCGGGGCCCCCAGCGUCCCCGGGACCGCCUCCCCCACCGGCACCUCCUCCUCGGCCUCCGCCGCCGCCGUGGGGGGCCCCCUGCCCCCCAACAGUUUACCGCUGGGCCCCAACGGGCAGCCCACCACCACCCCCGCGGCUACCCCGGGGCAGACCGCCGCCCCUGUCGCCUACGGCCAGACCACCCCGGCCAAGACCCCACUGUCCAGAGUCCCGGUGUUGCCUGUUGGCUCAGAGCAGGCUGGCAGCACACCCAUCGAGCAGUUGGCACCGUUCCCCGGACCUACUCUAACUCAGUCCCAGCAGCCCCUGGAGGACCUGGACGCCCAGCUGAGGCGGGCCCUGAGCCCGGAGACCGUCUCCCUAAGCAGCGCCACAGGCCAGACGGUGGUUGGAGGGCCUUCAGGUGUUCAGCCAGUGCCCUUUUCGCUCCCUGCUGAGACAGAGGUCGCCCCUGCCCCUGGAGGGUUCAAACUGGGACGAUUCCAGGUGUCCGUGGCUGCGGAAGAGGCCCCCGGCACCGCCCACCCCACCUCAACCGACGACUCCUCUUCCUCCACCACGCGUUCCUCGGCCUCCUCCUCCUCCUCCUCCUCGUCCUCCUCCUCCUCGUCUUCGUCGCUCUCCAGCCCGGAGAACACGCUGCACAAGGCGUCCCCGCUCCGCGGCCCGGCCGGCGACACGGUGGACGGCCUCCCCCGGCCCGCCUCCUCGCCCGCCGCCCGGCCCACCACCAUCGGCCGCUUCCAGGUCACCACCAACGCCGACACCCAGGUGGGCCGCUUCUCCGUGAGCCGGGCCCAGGACCGGGCGCCCGACUCCCCGCCCUCCGCCCCCGCGGCCGAGCCCCCGCCCGCCCUGGCCAACGGCCCCGCCCUCAGCCCCGAGGGCAAGGCCUCGCUGCCCGGCCUCAACAACUCCUUCAACUCCUACGCCAGCAGCGACAACGACUCGGAGUUCGAGGACGAGGACUUCAAGAGGGAGGUCAACCGCCUGCGGGAGAAGCACAUGAAGGAGAGCCAGGCCCUGCACUUACGGCAGAAGGAGGAGAUCGAUGCCCUGUUCGCCCGGCUGGGGAAGGUGGCCCCGGCGGUGGCCAUCCCGCCCGCGGUGGCCCCCGCCAGCCGCAGGAGGCGACCCACCAAGAGCAAGGGCACCAAAUCCAGCCGCAGCGGCUCGCAGGGCAGCAAGAGCCCCCUGCAGUCAGGCACUUUAGCAGCUAGCGCCCCCGCGGUGUACCCCCCUCAGCAGGCGCUGCUGCCCCCCGCGGGGGCCCCUGACUCGGGGAGCAGUCCGCUGCUGCAGCCCCUCAAGCCGUCCCCCUCCAGCGAGAACCUGUGCUCGGCCUGCACCAGCGACGCCACGCUGUCCAUGCCCACCCUGUGCGCUCCCACCGCAGGCUGUGUAAAGUUCAGCUGUGGUUCGGAGAGAGUGACCUUCAAACCAGGUGGCAGGAGGACCCGAUUUCUGAGUACGCCCUGCUUGGCUCUUUGGAAGAUGGUGAAAAAAGUGUGCCCCUGCAACCAGCUCUGUAGGACGAGCAGCACCAACACGGUCAGCGGGUCGGGCCAGGGCCAGGGCCAGGGCCAGGGCCAGGGCCAGAUCCCGCAGUCUGCCACCCUGCCUCCCACGCGCAAGGGCACCUUCACCGACGACCUGCACAAGCUGGUGGACAACUGGGCCCGGGACGCCAUGAGCCUGUCGCAGGGCAAGCGGGGCUCGAAGCAGCCGGCCCACCCCCAGCCCGCCAACCAGGGCCACAACUACGACAUGAUCCCUCCAGCCAACAUGGGGCGCAAGUUCUCAGCUCCGGGGCACCUGUGCCCCACCCUGGGCUCGUCCCUGAGCGGCUCGACGGCCCUCCCGAACCCCCCCGCUACCUCGCUGGGGCCCCGCAAGGGCUCCCUGUGCCCCCCGCCGCAGUACGGCUACGCCCAGGCGCCCUACGGCGGCCAGUGGGCCAGCUCGGCCGGGCACACCCAGGCCGGCCUGCUCACCACCUCACAGCCCCUGGGCCAGUUCCCCCCCGUGGGCACGGCCCCGAUGCAGGGCUUCCACAUCAGCACUUUGCAGAAAUCCGUCAGCAACCCCGGAGGCCCCAACCUGAGGACCACGUAGGCCCGGGGUGCGGGCGGGCCCCAGACCGAGGGGAGGGGAGGGGUGGGCGAGGGGGGCGUGUGUGUGUGUGUGUACGCGACAGGGCGGCGACUGCUUCCGGACUGCUUCUGAAUCGUUGUUCCCCCCCUCCCUGGGCGAAGAGUGGAGGAGGAGGAGGAAGAAAAGGCAGAAGGAAAGCCAGAGGGGUCUUUGGCGCUUCGGUUAUUAUUAUUAUUUUUUACUAUUUUUAUUUUCCCCCCGCCACCGCGCUGGAGGGCGCACGCGUACGUACACCGCCCCCGCUCGCGGGACCCCGAAAAACGAGGGGGUGGAGAGCGUGCCUCUCUCCCCUGAAGGGGGUCCCGGACAGUCUGCAAGGGAGACCUGCGGGAAUGCAAAGCAAACCAAUGGACACAAGGGUGCAAUGUUUAGCGGCCAAAGAAGGUGUUGACUGAGUGUGGUGGAAGCCCCCCUGAGGGAGAGCCGUGUGCUGGGAGCCUUUCGCCGGGCGGCUCCGGCCGUUUCGAGGUCGCCAGGCGGUGUCGCCUGUAGAUUUCGUUAGGCUGGUGUCGGCUGAUCCAAGAGGCGGUGUUACGCCCCCUUCUCUAAUCCCGCCCCCCCCCCCCGCCCCGCGCCUCCCAAGCACACGCCUCCUCUGCUUCCCUUUACAAAGCGAGCUGUGUAACGCACCAGAGGUCUGUCGUCGUGACGCAGGCCGGAGUAAGAGUUGGUACUGGCUCCCCACUGCUGGUCAGACGGCAGGCGGUAGAUGUAGAUACUCCCCCCCCACCACCCCUGUCUAUUUUCCAUGCGAUGCAAUAAUUUGAGUAACACGAUGUGUCUGUUUUUAAGCAAGAAAGAAAAAAAAACUUUAAAAACAAGCAAAGUGGCCUUCAUCUUAAAAAGUCCAUGUACAGUUUUUUGUCCGUUUUAUUUGGUUAUGUUUGCAUUUCUGUUGAGCUGUUGUAUUUUACCCGGCCGUUCUCUUUCCUCUGCAUUGCCCCCCCCCCCCCCCCCGAUAGCUGGGUGAGUGAGUGCGUGUGAGGAUUUGGGUGUGGCAUGCCUACUACUUGUGUUUUGUAGCGUCUCCUGCCCCCUCCCGCCCCCACAGCCUCCCUACCCCUGCCCGGGGGAUGUGCAAGAGGAUGCACUGGGGUAAUGAGGCAGGUGCCUCACUGGAGAAAUCGGUCGAUUGGUUUCCACCUCGAUUACGGCUCCGGUGGGGGAGGGCAUGACAGCGAGGAGUGUGUGCGUUCCUCGAGUGGUUUUGUCGUCUUAUUCGAUGGGUUAUGAAAUGAGGGGUGAUUAUCAUAGUAUUAUCAGUUCAUCUGUCCUGUCUGGCCAAGUGUAGGGGGGGGGGGGGGCGGAGCGGGAGGUUGCUAGGAGACCGUCGGCUGCAUGGUGUAUAAAAACCCUGGUGCCUCUGCACACAAUGCUUGUGAGGCUGUUAAAGCUUUAAAAAAUAAAAAAAAUCUUAUUAUCUAUUACUAUGGUAACAGCUUUUAUAAUCAUGACAGCAUUAGGGGCCUCUGUCAAUAGUUUGAUUGAAAUGUAUAUUUAAAAAGAAAAAAAAAGCAAAAGAAAAAAAGAUAAGUGUUCUGUAUGGACCUGUAUUUACCCAUCAGUUUUUGAUGUUGAAACACUGUGAUUAUUAUAAAUGUUGUUGGACAACAUUAGUUUAAAGGCAAGAAAAGAAAAGAAGAAAAAAAAUUACAAAAAAAAAAGUGGAACUUGGAGGGUUAUUAAGAAUAGAGUAAAGUAAGGCUAGCUAUUUCCUUAUACAAUGCUUAUUGGAGACACUUUAAACUUUACCCUUUGUACUUUCUUUAUAUUAGAUAAAUGUGAAUGUAAAAUGGUUUCAAUUAAUGUACUUGAAUAACUGGUCCUUUCCUCCCCCAUAACCCCAGUAUGCUGGCUGGAGUCUAUAGUGCCUUGCAUUCUUUCAUUUGCUUUUGGUUUGACGUUGAGUGGCGGAAGCACUAACACUUUGUGCAAAAAAAAAAUGUAAAAAAAAAAUGGAGUGCUUUUACUGGCCCUGUGGAUUGAGCAAAACGGUUUAAGGUACACCAUGGGGGGGUUGGGAUUUUGUUUUUGGUGCCAUUUUUUAUUCUGUUUAAAAGAAGAAACUUUCGAUUCCGAUGACUUGCGUCCUCGAGCGUGGGACCGAGUUGUAGUUGAAGCUUGGACAGCUAUAUAUGAGGUGUGUGUGCCCCGUAGCAGAGCCGUGGCCUGAGUAAGACCGGGGGCGAGGGCAGGUACACUUACUGCCGUUUCAGUGCGGUUGGGAACGGUUGAACGCAACCGGUUCUGAGACCUAUAACAUAUUAGACAUGCUCAGUCCCUUUGGUCCUGCCUACAUGUUGGAUUACCAUUGUAAAUGAUCCCGGGUUAAUUUGGCUCUCGCAUUGCCCCUUUUCUAAUUUUUAUAAUAAAGUAAAAGGUUUCGCCGAAGUUUCACUUGUUGUGGCGGCACGCCCGGACGGAGCCUUGUGUUGAAGGAGUGGGAACGAUGAGCUCGUGUCAGGAAAGUUGACGACAAAAGUGUGAGCGUAUGUGUGGAUGUCUGAGAAAAUUCUAAUUUAACAGUGCCGUUUUCUAGUACUAAUUCUCCCACACGGAGCAGGGCCCAGCUCUUGAAGAGGUGACCUUGCGGGUUCAGUCAUUGGCCUGUGUAGCGUGUGUGGAGUCUGCAGGCAGUAGAUGUGACUGACCUUGGAACGAUGUAAAUAGUGAAAGUGCAGUGUAGUUGUAAGACCAGAGGGGGCAGUAGAGGGACAUUCAACACAAGGCCGAGGCGUGCCGCCCGGUUCAUCCCGCACACACUGCAGGAAGCUCAGUACAAGUAUUCUGUCACAAGCGAGCAACACCAGUUCCCUUACCUUUUCUUUUGUGCCGUCCUUGCGUUCAGCAGCCCCUGUGAUUGGUGCAGGUUUAGUAGCUUCUCUUCAAGGGAAUUCUCUUCAGUAAUAACCGUUCGCAAAGCAAUGACAGUUGGGAUUGGUUUUCUUUCGUUUGUGGUUCCUGGAUGUUUCCGUUCGUUUGUUCGUUCGUUUGUUCGUUCGUUCGUUCGUUCAUGUCUUAACCUGUGUACGUUAGCUGAAGCGUUCUGAAAGCUAGGGUUGCGGUUCGACCUGAGCGGUGCGGUUGCUGUCCGAGGUUGCCAUGGCGUCUCUGGUUGUGCUUGGUGCCGACGGGCCUCCUCGGUUCAUUAAGUUGACCGGAAGGAUGAGGACAAAACCUGGUACCCGAGGGUGAGCUGGGCACAGGCCGAGGCAAGCGACUCUCCAAACUCCACAAGCCUAGAAAGUGACUGCUAGAGCAUCAUAAAGGCAACAAACAAGUAAAAAAAAUGAUAAUAAUAUAAACAUGCAAAUGUCAGCUUGUUUCCAUGUUCUGGCGCCGGUGUCCUCUCUGUAGUGUGAGUUUGUGUGACACCAGGAUGUUGCCUCAUAGCAUAGCAACUGUGUGUCUGGUCACCUGGGUGGUUGUAGUGGACUAGACGGAUCUUUAUACCUGUAGAGCAAAACAAACCGUUAAUUUAGAGUCAAGGACUGUACGAAGCCAUAGUACAGUGCUGGGUCGAUGUUAAAAGUGAAUACCUUUAGAAAAGUGAAGUUUGUGGUUUUAACACUUGUCACCUUAACUACUGAUAGCUUACCAGGACUGCUAGAUUCAAAGCCUUUUCUUGCUGCAUAGCUGUUUUUUAAGUGAAUAAAACAUCUGGUACAGGAAGUAAAUUCCCUUCAAACUGGUAAAUAUGUUCUCUACAGUACGUUUUUGAGUCUGGGUGGGUGUUAGUCUUGUCGUUAAAUGUCGUCUUUUCCUCCCACUUCACAGAACUUUGCUUUGUCCACUUGCAGAUUGUACUUUCCUACAGGAAAAAAUCAGUACAGUAUUACAUAGCAUGAUUUUUUUUUUUUUUUUUUUUUUUUUUUUAAGCUGUGAAUUCGCAUUUCUUCUUUUUUUUUACUUUCCAGAAAAUAAAAAAAAACGUGUACAAUGCCAAUAGAGUGCCAUUCCCUUGCAGAGUUGACGUGAGCCAACUUCACUCACUUAGGAACUGAACAACUUGGUUACUUAGGAGGUUGUGGCUGCAGUGUAGAAUAUGCAGUGUUCAGGGAGGGUGAGUGCCCUUGUAGAAAGACCAUUUUAUGGUUUCUCACUUGUACAGCGGAGGGAAGUUACUGAACUUAAAAAUAAAAAAAAAGUGUAUUAAUAUUAUAUUAUUUGGAAUGCAGACUGUUUCAUAGUUUUUUAUUUUUUAUUCCUUUGCCUUUCUGUAAUGAAUGCUCAGCAGGGUGCCGAUGCGUAGAAACGCCAUUCAAUGCAGUAACAAAAAACACACCAGGUUUCAGUAAAGACCGUGCUUGUUUAUUCCAACAACAAAAAAAAUUUGCAUGCUAGUUAUGUCACUGGUUAUAUUCACACAAAAUGACUUCUACAAAAAAAAUAAACAAUGCACACAAAGCAUAAUGUCCGUUGAAUGGAAACAAUUGUUUUAAAGUAACUGGUUUUAUUUGCAGUUAGCCCUCCUGUGGAAAAAAAAAAUACAACAGAACAAUACUGUUACUUACUGCUACUGACCUGUCAUUAAGUUAUUUUGUUUUGUACUACUAUCUGAUUUCUUGUUUUACUCUUUUGUGUCUCUAGAUCUUCUAGUGACUUUCGUCAAUGGUUUUCCGUAUGCUAUUUAACAUUGUACAAAAAUGUUUAAAAAAAAAAAAAAAGAAAACAAACAUGUAGGGAAUCAUUGGCAGCAUUUAAUUGUAUGUUUGCACUAAGUAUAGGGUGUUCAAGCUUCAUAUAAAACUGCGCUUUGCGCUCCAAUAAAAGAAAUUUGUUACCUUAUUUGUAAACUUAAUAAACAAAAAUCAUUGAAA